UUGUAAGAAAAUUGUACGAGCGAUGUGACUAAAAUUUUAGUUAUAUUUUUGUGUUGUGUGUUUUUAUAUCUUUAUGUAGUUUUCUUUUGACAUAUUUUUUAUUUGACCGAAAUUUUUGUGUUGGAAAAUAUUGUCCGCGACACCGUUGCUGUGACCGUGACUCUAUUAGUUUAGAUAAUUUGAUAAAUUUUAUUCGAGUUUACAAGGUUCUUCAUCAACCGUCAAGCUGGCGCACAUAAAUUUUACGCAGUACAUGGGAGACAUGGAGGUGCAGGAUUUUAAGGCUUUAACUGGAGUUACUGACAGUGGGAUUACAAUGAGCAUUAGCAACAAUAACAACAACAAUACAAGUAUAAACAACAACAACAAUGACGAGAAGUCCGAGAUGCCAGAUCCUGAUUAUAUUAAGAUGUUCGUGGGGCAAGUGCCGCGGAGUAUGGACGAGAACGACCUGCGGCAGAUGUUCGAGGAGUUUGGCCGUGUGCACCAGAUCAACGUGCUGCGGGACAAGAUGACGGGAGCGAGUAAAGGGUGCUGUUUUGUGACGUUUUUCACGCGGAAAGCGGCAUUGAAAGCCCAGGAUGCUUUACAUAAUAUCAAAACGUUAAGCGGGAUGCAUCAUCCGAUCCAGAUGAAACCAGCUGACAGUGAAAAUAGAAAUGAACGCAAGCUCUUCGUAGGAAUGUUAAAUAAGAAGUUGUCGGAGAAUGACGUGAGAGCACUAUUCGCGGGGCACGGCGCAAUCGAGGAGUGCACCGUACUACGAGACGCGCAAGGCCAAAGCAAAGGUUGCGCGUUCGUCACAUUCGUCUCCAAGCAAGCCGCCAUCGCUGCUAUAAAGGUAUGACGUCACAUCGCUAUAGCAAAUAAACAAAUGACAUACAAACCGAUGGUUCUAAUAUAAUAGAUGCCUUUACAAGACAGUAAUAAACCAGUUAGAUCGGAAUCUAAAGACGCGGCAAUGCCAUUGCUGUGGCGAGUAUGUAAAAGCUUGGAAUAAACUGCAUUUCUUUCAUCAAAAUACUAUCUUUCGCCCGCCACGCAACUACAACUGCUGCAGCAACUGCAGGCGGUUGGAUUGCAGCAACAAUUGUUGCAGGGGCAGGGCUCAACAUUGCUACAAGGUGUUAACUAUCAGGAUAUCGGUUUCAAUGGCGCAGGGCUGAGCGGGGGCACAGUUGGUGGUGUAGGCGGCGUAGGUGGCGUGGGCGAACAGCUGGGCGGGCUUCUGGCGCCUGUAUCGGUGCAAAACCUGGCCGCGCUGGCCGCCAUGACGCAGCCUGUGGUAACGCAAGCGGCGCCCAUCGCGCCCGCCGCCGCGCCGCAACCCGCGCCGCCGCAGUUGUGUCUUCUCGGGAAGACUAACAUCACAGGGUCCACCGCUGAGCCGCUGAGUUCGGCGUACGCAGCGCAGUUCGGGUCCGCGUUCGCAGCCGCGCCUCUCGGCUCCGUGCUCGGCUCGGCCGCCGCCGCCGCUGCCGGUAAGCAAGUCGAAGGUCCGGAAGGUGGCAACCUGUUCAUCUACCACCUGCCACAGGAGUUCACGGACACGGAUCUGGCGUCCACGUUCUUACCUUUCGGACACGUGAUAUCGGCCAAAGUGUUCAUAGACAAGCAGACGAACCUAUCAAAGUGCUUCGGGUUCGUUUCGUACGACAACGCCGCCUCCGCGCAGGCCGCCAUACAAGCCAUGAACGGCUUCCAAAUAGGUACAAAGAGACUUAAAGUUCAAUUGAAACGUUCUAAAGAACUAUCGCGACCGUACUAAAAUAUUCCAGAACUUGUUCCUAGUGAAUUUAUAAAAAGAAGAUAACAAAAAAAAUAUAAACUAUGCAAAGAGGUUGUAAGUUUUUGAACGUUUGUUGUGAUGUAUCCGGUGCACUCGAACUGACGCUAGCUCGUAAGUCCGUUUCGUUCGAAAACGUGAGUCCACGUGCACAGUUGUUAUCUAAUAAGUAUAAAGGUUAAGGUUUGUGUCAAAGGAUUUAUCGUUUCCAAAGUAUUCCCCAAAUUCAUUUAUUAAUAUAAUAAUUAUUUUAUAAAGAUUAUAAGUUUUUUAGUCACUUUAAGCGUAAGUAAUGCGUUUAAAAACAUUAACGAUUUGCGAACUCCAAAGAGCUGGUACUAAUGUUAUUUUUGAAGGCGAUUUUGAAUAAUCUGUCAAAGAGAAAGUGUCAUAUUGUAAAAUAAGAGACGUAUUUUUAUCACCCAAAGCUUUGCAAAGAACUAACUGGAUUAGUUUUUUUUUAUAUUUAUUUACUUAUACGAACGGAAUAUUCAAUUUUCAUUAUCUUGUGUUACCAUAUAUGUAAAUGAGAAAUAGUUAAAGAAGCCAUUUUCUGUUCCACUUCAUUUUUUUUUAAUGAUUUGUUAGAUGGUAUUUAAAGGUGAUCUCAAAGCGAUCAGUGUAUUUAUUGUUUACCAGAAUGUUGUCAGUAGCGUACUUAACUAUGUCUGUUAGGAUUUAAAUGUAUUUGUUUAUUUUGUAAUAGGUUAAAAAAAUCAUCUAUUAAGUUUCAAAUAUGAUAAGAAAUAUUUUUCAUAUAUUUCCUGAAUCCCAUACAAAAAGUGUCAUUUACCUAAAUAUUUUAAUGUAUUUUUAUGACACUUUUCGUAAAAUAAGAACAAUCACUUGACUUAAAUUUUAUUAAAUGUAACAGUUGACUUUUAAAACAAAAUGAUCUUUUUCGUGACCAAUACAGUUUCCACAACAUAUUCAUAGAUGGCGCUUUAAACUAUUGGACAAAGAAAAUGUAUUUCAGUAAAAAAAAAUUACAUUUCUAUCACUGGCAGUUUAGUCAAAAUUUUUUUUAGAUUAAGUAUUUGUUAUAGACUAUUUUGCAUGUAAGUUAUUCAUUCUUUAAAUUAAUUAUCCUUUGUAAUUCAUAAGUAUUCAAUACGCUACUUCGUGAGUUUUCUUGAUGGUUGAAAAAAAAUCCGUUUUACGUUUACAAAUCUUGUAUUACAUCGUUUGUAGAUUAUAUAAAAACUGACUUGAUCCGUGUAAAUUAAAAGUAUUUUAUUUUUAGUGUAAUUUGUCCCUGUUCGUUAUUUAUUUAAUCGACCUAACAAAAAUCUUUAUAGGAACAAUUUGUAAGGACUCUUGCAGACAGACAACUUGAACAUUUUGUAUUGCAUGUUUUCUUUAAUGUUAAGUGUUAUUCUAUUUAUUUUUAUAGGCAAUACCUAUAGAUUUACACAGAUAAAAUCUUACGUGCAUUGGCAUAUUGCCAUUCUAAAAAAAAAAACAGAUUUUUAUUUGCAAAACGUUGUCGAUAACAGAGACACCUAGUUAUUUUGUGUCUUUUAGUACCAUAGAUAAACAUUAUUGUAACUUAAUUAAAUUUAGUUGAGUAUUAUGAAAUGGGCUUAUUUUUAAUUUAAUUCUUAGUCACUUUUUUGUCUAAUGAAAGACAAUAUUUAGACUGAAUAAGUUCCGUUUCUUAGAUGUGUAGCAGUUUUAUGUAUUUUCUUGUAAUUCCUUUUGUUACCUCACAAGCGUCCAGUGGGUGUCUUCAUUUACGAAACAAAUUCAAAGGGGAUUCCUUGGGAUUUUAUAACCUAUAAUUGAAUUACCAUUAUUAUAAGAAAGCUAUUUGCCUCCAUUGAUACCAACAUAACAUCGUAGAUUAAAAAAACCAAUAAGUUUUUUUACGUUCAGAAAUGGUAAUUCAAAUAUAAAUAUUAUACGGACAGAUAAUGAUCCUAGACACAACCACACUAACAAUUUGUUAAGGUGUGAUGAAGAAAAUGUAUAGUAAAGAUUUUUUACCUAAGAUUUGUAGGUAACUCGAAUUAGAAACGUCAUUGUUGUUGUGAAUUAGACUCCCUUACUUUGAGUUUCAACUGCCAAAACAUGUGUAUAAAAACAUAAUGUAAAUUUUCUUAUUGUCCUAAACAAGAGUGAUAAUAAGGCGCCGUCCAUCAAUCACGUUUUUACCAACUUUUACACCCCCACCACUCCUUCUAUGCUCAAAAUUACAUGUACUUUUUGUAUAAACCGAUGUAGAAAUUUUCAAAAUAUAAUUAAAUACACUUUCGUCAGAAAUAAAUAAAACAUGUAACUCAUUCAAGAUUCUUGUUUUUUAAAACCGCUUUUGAGCAUUUCGUGAUUAAUGGACGAUCCUUAAUAUGUUUUUGUGCUGUUAUGACAAUGGAAACUCAAGGUUACAUCGUACAGAUUUUAAAAUAAAGAACGGUUAUGUCCAUAUUAAUUUGUACUAUUUAUACAAUUGGAAAAAAUUAAAAAUCUGUUACAACAAUAAAGUAUUUUUUAAUAUGGACAUACCUCAAAAUAACACUUCAUUUGGAGAAGUAUUAAUUGGCAAACAUGAUGCUAUGUGAUACAUUUUGUGAAGCUCAAAAUUUUUCUAAAAAAAGAUCAUUUCUUUUAUAUUUUGUCCGUAAGAGACUAGUUUAGGUAGGCUAAAUUAAAGGCUAUUGAAAUGCGUCUAAAAACAUAAAAAAGCUAAAAGUGACAACAAGAAAAUGUACCGUUUCUUAAUAUCUACGGUACCUUUUUGACAAAUUCGAAAAAGGAACACUAAAAAAAAUCGGUUAAACGUCAAACCAUUCCUAUAAAAGGAUGAUCGAUGUUGCAAAAAUUGUAUUUUGAGAUUUUUUAUUCUGUACAUAUUUGAAAUUUAAAAUGUAUUUUACGUUGUAAUAAUAGAAUGAAAAUUUUAUCGUUUUAAAAUACCAGUAUUUUACAAAACAUCUUUAAUUUUUUGGAUAUUAGGUCCUGAAUAUUAUGUUGCAUUAUUUGUAAAAAAAUUACUGUUUUAGUAAAUAAGGCUGAUUUUUGUUUUAACAAACAUCGAUCAUCCUUUGAAAUGCGUAAACACAGUGCAUGUAGAUAAGCUUCGAUUUUUUAUCUGUUUGCUUUUAAUUUUUUUAAUCUGUGAGCGCUAGUGAGCUAGUAAAUACAAAGGAAACUAAUAGAGUCACGGUACCAGCAUAUCCUAAAUACAGACGCAAAAUUAUUUUUACACUGUUUCGAAGCACCUUUAUUUAGUAGGUAUACAAUUGGAAUAAAAAUUAAUACGAAAGAACUGUUUUAUACAACACCCGUUUUUGUUGAUAUAAAUGUAAAUAAAUGUCAAGUUAAAAA